GUUGGAUCCAGGGUACAAGAAAAAGGCCAAAAGAUGAAAAGAUGCCAUAUGAUUUGUAUAGUUAUAUAACUAAGGAUAUAUGGAAGGAAUUUGUGAAGAUACGUACCUCCGAAGAAGCUGAGGAAAUAAGUGAGAAAGCAAGACAGAGUCAAUCUUUCAACAUAUAUCCUCAUCAUAUGGGACAGAAAUCAUAUGCUGAAAUGACAAGUGAAUGGCAGAGAAAAGGGUACAUUCCCUCAAUUUCUUCGUCAUCUGAAGGUUCCUCUGCGUCUACAAUUUCUUCAAGUUUGCCGAGUAGGACAUGUUUAUGGCUUCUUGCAAGAUCGGUACCAGAUGAGAAAGGAAAUCCUUACUUGCCGGAUGAGGGCACACAAAAGGUCAAAGAAAAUAUUGAUGAAUGGAAAAGGAAACAAGAUGAAGGGGAAUUUGUUCCCAAAAGUGCACGAGAUGAUGUCUUAUCUCGUGCACUUGGUAAGACUAAAGAAGGGAUACCACUAACAUUUGGUGGUGGAGUAGGCAUCAAAGAUGUGUGGGGGACUGGAGAGCGGCGUAGCUUUCGACGGUAUGGAGAUGCGGAGAUGGAGGAAAUGGAAGCAAGAGUGACCAAAAGGGUCAAAGAUGAGACAAUACAAGAGAUGAACUCCAAGAUGGAUGCCAUGGUUAUGGAGAAAUUUAUCACAUUUUCUAAAGAACUUGGUGUCCAAAUACCAAGCUAGAUGAGGAUAGACGCAAAUGUUCAUAGUAGUUGUCGUU